CAGCUGUAAGAAAGCCCUUUAUGAGGUCAUCAUCCCCCGCUGGCCAGACCUCCCCAGAUGAAGACAUGCAAGCUUUUAAAACCACUUGAGAAGCCACCAUGCCUCACUUUGCAAACCCUCUUUUAAGAAACAUCAUUAUCAGAAGUCAAUUUGAUAGCAUCAGGAGGAAGCAAUGCCUCCAAUAUCUGAAAACCCUAAGAAUGCUGCAAUCUGAUGGAUUUAAGACUGUAUAUUUUGGGGAAACCAACAUUCCAGAAAGUCUUGUGACGGGGGAAGACUUUAGUGAUGGAUAUUUCAUUCAAACUCCAAACUGGUGUAUCGUGCAUGCCGGUGGUAGUCAAGGAUGGGUGCCUUGGAAAUAUCGGGUGUUCCUAAGAGAUGAGCUGUGUAACAAACAAGAAGAUAACCUCUUCUCUGAGUUCUGUGAAGAGGUGAGAAAGGCCUACGGGAAGUGUGCCAUCGUGGUCAAAGACAGAAGGCUGCAGGAGGAGCUGAGGCCAGAGGAAGACAGAGAGGCUGAGGUCCAGCCCUAUGUCCCAAAGGUCAUUAGCUUAACAAGCAUUGUGUGUUGCCCAGAGGUGGCCAAGUCCUGUGGCCAUGAACUACUCUCUCUGCCGUCCCCUUGUAAUUACCUGAGCCCUUUAGACUCAGCCUGGUCUUCUCUGAAAUGGUUUAUCAUCAAUAACAGAAAAGAGUUUUGUUUGCAGUCCAUUGACAGUAUCUAUUCGUACCAGUAUAUACUUUUCAGUGAUUUAAUUAGCAAAGGGAUUGCAAGGGUAAACCCAAGCAAGUGGAAAAUAUUAACUAACAAAGUACGGAGAUGGGAAAACUACUAUCUUGGGAAAUUUUCUUAAGGGCAAUUCCUCCAAUAAGCAGUGAGACUCUGUUAUGUGUAUGGCCUUUACCACCAACUUUGUGGAGCUCAAGUCCAGAGCACCGUGGCCAAAGAUACUGCAACAGCGACCUCACAGGGUGCUGCAAGGACUGAGGGCUUCCUAAGGAUGUAAGCAAAUCACUUUGAGUUUACUGGAGGUUUCAUUAAAGCUUGU